AUGAUAAUAAUAUCUAUUUUAUCUCUUUUACUUUCUAACGCCGUCAAUGUAAGACGUGAUAUAUCAAUUCUAUAUAAUAGAAUUGCAAUAUUAAUAUUAGUUUAUUGUAUUUUAAAUGAUAUUUCUUCUUUAACUGUAGUAACUAAAGGUAUAGGUCUACAUGGAGGUUUAUUGUUAAUUACAAAUAUCACACAAAUAUUCCAUAUUUUUUUAUUUAUAGUUAGUAUACUAAUAUUAACAUUAACUAAUUUAGUAUUAAAUAAAUUUGUAUAUUAUAAUACUAAAAUUAUAAAUAAAAUGGGAGAACAAUUUAAAAUAAUAGAAUAUCCUUUAAUAUUAUUAUUUAUAAUUACUGGUGCUAUAUUCUUAAUGUCAACUAAUGAUUUAGUUUCUAUUUUCCUAGCUAUUGAACUUCAAAGUUAUGGUUUAUAUAUAUUAAGUACUAUAUACAGAAAUUCAGAAUUAUCUACUACAGGAGGAUUAAUGUAUUUCUUAUUAGGAGGAUUAAGUUCAUGUUUUAUUCUAUUAGGAACAGGUUUAAUAUAUGCUAAUUCAGGAAGUACUAGUUUAGAUGGUUUAUAUAUUAUAACUAGUAUAAGCGAUAUUAGUUCUACUGAUUUAUGA